UCUGACUUGUACGUCUCAAAGCAGUCAGGUCCUGUUUUCUCAGCUCUCACUUGCUGCGAUUUGCUGACAGCACUGGGUAACAGUCUCUCUCUCUCUCUCUCUCUCUCUCAUCCACAUUUAUUCUGUCCACUGCUUGCAUCAAGAAGCUCUUGGUUUGCCGUCCUCUCCUGCUCUCCUUCAGGAUAUAUUCUUCUUCUUCACAUCUGAGCAUAUUCCGUUUUUUCGACCCUGCUUUUCUUCCGAUCUCUUGGAAUGUGGCACUCUUUGGCUUUUACUCUGUUUGGGAUCUCUUCUCUGAUCCAAGUGUCACUACAAGGACCGCACCAGAGGACCCUCUUAAAAAACCUCCUGAAGGACUAUAACCGCAUGGAGAGGCCGGUCGCCAAUGAUUCUCAACCCCUCACUGUUUUUCUCUCGAUGAGCUUGGUCCAGAUAAUGGAUGUGGAUGAGAAGAAUCAGAUACUGACCUCCAAUAUCUGGCUUAACAUGCAUUGGUAUGAUCACUAUCUACAGUGGAACCAGUCCGAGUAUCCAGGAGUCAAAAACCUUCGUUUCACCACAGAGCAAAUAUGGACCCCUGAUAUUCUGCUCUACAACAGUGCAGAUGACAAGUUUGAUUCUACCUUUAAAUCUAAUGUGGUGGUGAACUCCAGUGGCUAUUGCACCUACCUGCCCCCAGGUAUCUUUAUGAGUACGUGUAAUGUGGACGUACGUUGGUUUCCAUUUGACAUCCAGACGUGUAAGCUUAAAUUCGGCUCAUGGACGUUUGAUGGAUGGCUACUGGAUCUCCAAAUGAAUGAGGCUGAUAUCUCUGGCUACAUGCCCAACGGAGAGUGGGACCUCGUGGGUGUGCCGGGCACAAGAAACGAAUUGUACUACGACUGCUGUAAGGAGCCUUUUCCAGACGUGACCUUUGUGGUGACCAUUCGCAGACGGACCCUGUACUACGCCUUGAACCUACUCGUUCCCUGCGUUCUCCUCUCAUCCAUGACCCUGCUUAUUUUUCUGCUGCCUGCUGACUCUGGAGAAAAGAUUUCACUAGGUAUUACUGUGCUACUCUCAUUAACAGUCUUCAUGCUAUUGGUGGCAGAGAUCAUGCCAGCAACCUCCGACUCCAUCCCGCUGAUAGGGCAGUACUUCGCCAGUAUAAUGAUCAUUGUUGGAAUGUCAGUUAUUGCAACGGUGGUUGUGCUGCAGUAUCACCAUCAUGACCCCAAUGGAGGAAAUAUGCCAAAAUGGGUUCAGCUAGUCUUGCUACAGUGGGUGGCCUGGUUUUUGCGUAUGAAGCGUCCUGGUGAAAGUGAAGACCCAGAGCGUCCUCCCUGUACCCCCUACUUACGCCGUUGUUCUUCGGGAUCCCAGAGCGGCAGCCUUCCGAAUCCUCCCGGUUCCACUUCUGCGGACCUGCACCACCACCAUCACCACACAUCUUCCACGCUGCAUCCGCUUCAUCCCCAAAGCCUCCUGCAGGCCGCGGCAAUUGCCGGACACACCCACCAUCUCCACAACCAGACCAACAGUGCCAACAAUAACGGCAACCUCCUCUACAUUGGCUUCUCAAGUCUGGACGAAGCCUCGCCGCCGCCCCUGCUUGCUGAGUCCGUGCAAAGAAACAGCGUGUCCGGUGGCCCACGUCCCGUAGUAACAUCGCCUCCAGCGGUCGGCUCCAGCCCGCCACCUCACCUGCCCUCUCAGUUCUGCAGCCCUCCGCCCCCUCCGACGCCCAAUAUGGAGGCCACCGGAUGCCCGAGCACUGUGUCUGGUGGUGGGGGUGGAUGUUCUUGUUCAGGGACCAGUGGCGGAGGAGACCCACAGCUUCAGGCAAUUUUAGAAGAGGUACGGUUCGUUGCCGAUAGGUUUCGUGGACAGGACGAAAGCGAAAUCAUGACCGAACAAUGGAAGUUUGCCGCAGCGGUAAUCGAUCGACUUUGUCUGGUGGCGUUUAGCGUUUUCAACAUCAUCUGCACCAUCUCCAUUCUCAUGUCAGCACCAAAUUUUGUGGAGGCCGUUUCUAAGGAUUUCAUCUGAUUAGUUGGUGAAUUCUGAAGAGAACAGAUACUGGAGUUUGAUCGUAAACGGGAAAUAUUUGGCUACCCAAAACAGCGAAAUAACGUUUUCCAAAACUUUAACUUUUGGAAUAUUCCAAGUGACCCUAACAUCUGGGAAAUGAAAGCUUUUGAUUGGCUGGCGCCCUUGUACUCUGGACAUGUGGGCAUCUCAAAAACUGAACUAUGAUGUGUGCUGAAAUCUAAAGAACACAAAGUGUUUGCAAAUGAAGAGGGGAACAAUUCACUGUGGGGUAAGGUUUUCUAAACUCAAGAUUUGAAUUACAAACCAAACAUGUAGAUUGAUAAUGACAAUGACUUUGAGCUGUGUCAACCUGAUCUGACACGCUACAGGUACUGUAUUGGUAGCCAGCUUUAACGUUUUAAAUUAGAGCAGCGCAAAGCCACUUGAUGUCAAAAUAUAUUUUGGUAAAGUUCAUCAAUUUGUAGGUGAGGUUGACUAAAGCGAACAAGGAGAGAUAUCAGAAGCAAAAGCGUAUUGAAGUGAAGGGCUGGCAUUGAUUUGUUCGAAGGACAGGAAGAACACACAGUUGGAGAAUUGCAUUCGUACCUGCAGCAGGGUUUAAGUGGUUUUGAUAAUGGAGAGAUAGUGACAGAUGCAAUAUAACUGACAUGGGCAGAGAUACAGAAUGAUGGAGGGAUUAGGACAUGAAGUCAAAGGAAAAACAAUGAGAAUGAUAGACAAAAUAAGACAACGUAUUAGACAAAAUGAGGCCGGCUCAGUGCAAAAUGAAAGAUGAAUGGACUGAAAAACUGGUUUAGACAACCGGAUAAGAAAAUAAAAGAAUGAUAGGGGAAUUAUAGAGGGAUGGAUAGAGACAUACAGAUCAGGCAGUAGGGGGUAAUUGAGACUCAGCAACAUUUUCUGGCAGGAGCAAGAAUAGCUUCACUGUUGGAGAGAAAUAGCGCAUUUGAUCCCCCCACCCCAAAAAAGCGAAACCAUGACGGCAUCAGUCACUCAAAAGGCAGGAAGACAAGAACACAGUGCAGAUAGGAAGUAGAAGAGAGAGCGUAAGAACAAAGAGCAAUAAUCCUGAUGUAAUGGGGAAAGGCACAAAGACAGUAGAGAUAUGGAUAAAAUCUCUCUCCAUGUGUUUCUAAAAAAAGAAGAGAUGAGAACAGUGGUAUAAUCACAGCAAACGUGUACAGAUUCUCUACUGUCAUUUCAAACCAUGGCGUUUCUCGUUCUCAAAAAUUAAUAUAAAGCAGAGUGUUACUAUCUGUGUUAACCUUGCCUUUGAGUAAAUCAGUAAAUGGUGAAUGUUGAAAAUCACUUCAUGGGCACAGUUUUCUUUGCUGAAAGUUGAGGUGGGACAAAUUAAAGAGCUUGUCGACUUUUUUUUAAAAAUAGCCAAUAUCAUUUAGUUCACAUUACAACCAUAAAUAUGACUUAGUUAAGACUUGCUAUUGUUAAAAGUAGGUGUCUUAUACAUUUACAUUUAUGCAUUUGGCUUUUAUCCAAAGCAUCUUACAGUGCAAGGUAUACUUGUUUUAAUCUGUGUGUGUAUGUGUGUCUGUUCCCUGGAAAUCGAACCAAUGACAUUUUGCAAUGCUAACGCAAUGCUUUACCAGUUGAGCUACAGAAACACAUUCUAAAAAAUUCUAGUGUAGUUAAAGUGCACUAAAAUAAAGAUGAACUUUGACAGUGUUUACCUGCACCCUCAUAAUGUGAUUAUAAUGAGAUUCAGGCAUUAUUGCGAUUAAACUUUACACGAUACUUUUAUUAAAAUGUGAUUAAUAAUUGCAGUAAAAUAUGUGGUGCAUGCCAAUUUUAAUAACACUUCAAUUGCAUUUAUUCAACUCUGAAGUGUGCAUAUGCUUAUGAAAUAUACGGAUGUUGUGCAUUCGUACACGUGGCAUCAAAGAUGGCAUCACAUUUUUGGGGUGUUCAAGUUCAUGACAUGAACUUUAAAUGCAAUAUAUUGAUAGCCGAAAACAUUGAAAUAUAGACAUUUUCAGUGUUGGGGAAAGUUACUUUUAAAAGUAAUGCAUUACAAUAUUAAGUUACUUCCUAAAAAAAGUAACUAAUUGUGUUACUUAGUUACUUUUCAUGGAAAAUAAUGCUUACGUUACUUUAAGUUUCUUUUGCGUUACUUUUUCUUACUUGGCUAAGACUUGAUCUCUUUCAGGCCUUGCAGGUGUUUUUAUGAUCGCAAAAAAUGUCAAGCUCUGAUCUCUAUUUCUUAAUUCUACGUUAAUAUGUUCAGUUUAAUUCAGUACAUUAUUUUAUUUUUAAAUUGAACUAAUUCCACUGAAAAGUAUCUCACGUAUUUUUUAAAAGUAACUAUAUUAUUAUUAUUAUAUAAAUAUUAUUGUGUACAUUUAUAAAGUAAUGCGUUACUUUACUCGUUACUUCAGAAAACGUAAUGCACGUUACUUGUAAUGCAUUACCCCAACACUUGACAUUUUAGGCGUGUCACCAAGCACGUUGGAAGAGUUUGAUGGUGGCAUAUUUUAAAAAAUAUCACAACCAGUGGCUCUAACCAUGCCAUACUUCCACAUAUGUAAUGUAAUGAGUAAACAUGAGUUAAGAGGUUUGCUCAUGCCAUAUAAACAUCUAAUGGAGAUUAAGUCCUUACUCUGAUUACUGGAAAUAAUCACAUUAUUGGUGCACAUGUAAACAUAAUGAAUGUUAACAGACAUGGACUAUUAGCCACCGACUGCUAAGAGACAUGGACUGUUGGCCACAUGCCAAUAUUUAUUUAGUGCCAUUACUAGUUUGGACGGUUUUUCAACAAAUUGAAGACAAUUUUAUUCGAUGUUGCCAAAAUUUACAUCACCUUUACGAUGCAAAUAUCUACAAGGUCAUUUGAUAGUUUGAUUGGCCAAAAGGUGAUUUUAAAGUGGUUAUUGUGUUGUUGAACUGGGGUCCUGUGUGUAACAAAAGGCGGUGAUUUAAUAGGCCUGGCAAUUUAAAGAAAUACAGUUGUGGAUAAACAAUUUACACUGAAGAAUUUUCCUCAGAGUAAUAACCACUUAUGCUAAAGUAUGUUAAUGUUUGACACUAAAUGUACUGUAUACACUGUAAAUCUUUAGGAUAAACCACAUAGGAAAUUCAUGGGAAGAUGUCUUUGGCGAUAGCAUAUGCUGCAGUAUAAAUUGUGGAAAUUAAUCCUAAUAAUGUAGUCUGGUGGUAUUGCCAAAGACUGCUGUUGACUGUCAUUCACUUAAAAAAUGCCAGAAAAAUCUCAUUUUAAUGGGGGACCAAAUUUCUCUCUGUCUCAUUCACUCUCUCUCCUUUUGCUCUCUGACUCAGACACAAAUCAUUUCCCAUCUUUGAAUAAAGUAUUCUUUUCAAAUAUGCAGUCUGAGCUUCGUAAUUUUAUGUCAAGGCUGUUUCCUAAAUGAGGAAAAUGACUGAGACCGGAAAAUUAAAGCGGGAAACGUGUGACAGCGCGGGAAACGAGGCGACCGUAGAGCGAGAGACGAGAAGCUGAGGCAGACGAAGAGGAAAUCGAGAAGCGAGAAAAUGCUGACGCGUGGUCCCUGCUGGACAGGGUUUUAAUUGAUGACACUCAUUCAUAAGGGAGGGAUGGAGGUAUAGCGAGGGAGGGUGGAAGGUUAAUGUGGGAGUGUGGUGUACUGCCUAUGGGCGGAUUUACGAGAGAGAGA